GGCACUGGGGAAAGCUUCCAACACACAAUCCACAACACAGCUUGGGAACUCAAAAGCUACAGAUCCAGCCACUCAACCCGGAGCGUUUCAGAAUCGUGUGCUUUCUCCCAGCACAAGAAAGGAAAGUGGGGAAAAAAAGGCUAGUGACCGGUUUUUAACAAAAGAACUAGAGUACUGAAAGGCAGAAUUUAAGAGUGUAACUACCUGCUGGAAAAGGAGCCUUUUUUAUUUUUUUUUCCCUCUCCAAAGCACUGCCUUUGAUGUAUGGCAACUGAUCACUGAUCAGAUUACAGGCAUUUGGUCUCAGUGCUCGUCUGCCUUUGAUCUGCACGGUUAAUUUUAUUUUCCCGGAUUUGGAGUUUCGUCUGGGCUUGUGCUGACAUACUCUUUUCUUUCUUUUUUUUUUUUUUUUUAAGGAGGUAAAAGCAUUUAAUACAGAAGCUCUGGCAGUGUGAAAUUAAGCUGCAGAAAGCCUGGGCGCUGGAAAACUUCAUCAGACAACAGGGAGACAGAAAUGGAUGCUAAAGUAUUACAAGGAGAAGAUAAACUGAAGAUGUUCAUAAUUUUACUAGCAUAUUUGUUAAAUAGGGUUAUUUGUGAGACUGGAGAUUGCAGAGAGCAAGAAUUUAGGGACCACACUGGAAACUGUAUCCUCUGCAAACAGUGUGGACCUGGAAUGGAGCUCUCAAAGGAAUGCGGCUUUGGAUAUGGGGAGGAUGCACAGUGCAUGACAUGCAGACCAAACAGAUUCAAGGAAGACUGGGGCUUUCAGAAGUGCAAGCCUUGUCUGGAUUGUGCAUUAGUUAACCGGUUUCAGAAGGCCAACUGUUCUGCCACCAGCAAUGCAUUAUGUGGAGACUGUUUACCAGGAUUUUAUAGGAAGACUAAGCUUGGAGGCUUUCAAGACAUGGAGUGUGUUCCUUGUGGUGAUCCUCCUCCUCCCUAUGAACCUCACUGUACCACCAAAGUAAACCUUGUGAAGAUCCCAUCAACUGCUUCCAGUCCUCGAGACACUGCUCUGGCAGCUGUUAUAUGCAGUGCACUUGCAACGGUGCUCUUAGCUCUUCUUAUUCUUUGUGUUAUCUACUGUAAGAGGCAGUUUAUGGAGAAGAAACCAAGCUGGUCUCUGAGAUCACAAGACAUUCACUACAAUGGCUCUGAAUUGUCAUGUUUUGAUAGACCACAGCUAAAUGAAUAUGAACAUAGAACUUGUUGCCAGUGCCAGAGAAGCACAUCACAGACAUGUGGACCAGUUCACUUGAUUCCGUCACUGUGCUGUGAUGAAACCUGUAGCAUGGAUCACAGCAGUCACAAUUGUGCUUUCCACUCACAGACUACACUUAAUGAAAGGGCUUCUGAUUCUGUUGGAGAAAUGAUUCCUACUUUCCUUGGGUCUCUUUCACACUCUGCCUGUGGAGACAUUUCAGAUGCUUGGCCCCUUAUGCAAAACUCAGCUUGCUGUGACAGCAUUUCUUUCUGUGAAUCAUAUUCAGAAGUGGCCGGAGGAUCUGCAAAACCCUGCAGUCCUGAGACUGAAAAUGCAGCCACUGUUGAGUCGGAUAAUAAGCAGGAUCUAAGUGAAGUACUUAUUUCAGCUAAGGCUCUUGAUGGAAACAUUGCAAAGUCCUUUGAAAUCUCCAAACAUAGAACCUGCAUAGAAGUUUCAUCACUUCGGAACUCAGCGGCUGCUGAAAGCCAGCCAAAUACAGAGUGUAAUGGAACAGCAAAUGGCUCUACAGACUGAUAAAGAGGAAGCCACACUAGUUCUCUCAGCACUGAAGCUGGCUGAUUCCCUAACGCUCCUGUGCUGUUUAUCAAACAUAGUCUGGUCUUCAAUGUUGCAUGGUUUCAAAAUCAGCUGCAAAAAAAUGGCAUCAUUUCACACCUUCUGAGCAGUUCCAUCUGAGCCGUAACAGCUGUAAAGUGAAACUUGAAGGAGCAUCCUGGGAGAACCAUGAAGGUGGAUUUAUGACCUUGUGCAUCUCUUUAAAAAAACAAACAAACCAACCCCACAAAACCUUCCAUUCCUUCAGAUCCUCAAAAAGUCUAAUGGAGAGAGUUUAAAAGCAUACACAAAUAGAGCAAGAAAUAGAAAUACGUCAGUGUGUUUAGGUGAGUAUGUUAAAUACAGCUGCAGAUGUCAGAAGGCAUGGGACAAGACUUUGCCAGUUAUUCUGCUUGCAGAUUUAUGCAUCCAUUAAGGUUUUUUUGGCUGGCUCUAAUUUUAACUCAGUUUCCUGCUGUUGAAGGACUUAAAAAAUAAACAUUUCUAUUUAUACAAGGAUCAUCUAUUGAUAAGCUGAAGCUUUUCUUAUGUAUUACAUUAUAGUCAAUAAGCUAGUUUGGGAAGUUAGAGAAUUUGCAUGUUACAAUAUCUAUGGUUGAAGUCCCCUCCAUCCAAUUGUUACAUUUGUGGGAGGGGGCAUUAUUUUGUUAAAUAUAGCAGGCGAUUAGCUUUAAAUUAGAUUUAGUUUAGUGAAAGUCAGCCAUAUAGGUAGGGAUGUUGUCUUUAAUUGGUAGUCUUGGUAUUGGAACAAAGCACUUGUUGUUAUAGCAUGUAAUUUUUGGAUGUUGAAAUAAAUAUAAUCAACUGUCACAUCAAAAUGUCAUGAAGGUAUUCAUACAAUGAGACUAUUACUAAUAUUUUUUAGUAAUGCAUUAUUUUCAAGGGUCAAGCUUCAUGGUGAUCUGAUUCAUUUAUAUAGUAGGCCUUUUCAUUCACGUCACUCUGUCCUUCUCGCUCUAGUAUUGUGUAAAUUUAUUUUUUUCAUGCAAAAUGUAAACAUUUAUUCAUAACAUUUUAAAAUACCUCUGAAUGGAAUCCUUGAAGUUGCACGCAUGCCUAGCAAAUCGUCAACUCUGCCCUCACUACUGUUCUUUAAGAUUUUAACUGCAGUUUGUUGCACCACGUCCCAUGACAUAAUGCCAUUUGUUCUGCAGCCAUUUUUAUCCCUAAAAUAGUUUUCACUUCUGUGAGUAAUCCCAGUAACCUCUACUGAUUCAUUACAUUCAACAGGCUCAAACCUGUCAGUGAUGAACUCCACCAAUUAUUCUUUAAACUACCCAGUGUGCCUUGACAAAAGCAAUGUGAUCAGCAAAACAAAUGCAAAUUGCAAUAAAUAUUACUCAUCUUUCCACACAUGGUUUGUGUGGCAACGGAAAUGUUGAGACAGUAUUCAUGUUCCAAAAUGGAAGAAGACUUUUUCUUGGAAGCACCCAGUAGAAGCUUGAACCUGCACAAGAACAGCUGAACUGGAUGUAGUGACAGUGAGAUGCUUCAGCUAAAACCUGUGAGAUUAUUCAUGUGUGCAAAAAUCAUGAAUAACAGUUAUCAAAUCCAAACCAAGUAAAUGAAGAAAUUAUGUGAUUGUUUUAAAUUUUUUUAUAUGGUGGUAAAUACCACCAUUUGGUCACUGACAGAAUAAUAUGCACUUAUACAGGGUGUACAAUUACUCAGCUAAACACUUUAUAUACUCAAAUAAGAGUAGUUUUGAAUAAUUUCUUUGGAUACUUCCAUACAUUUAAGAAGUGACAAAACAUUCUUUUUUCACUACAUGUGCAUGAAGAGAUGUGUGCUUCUUUGUAUAUACUUUGUAAAUAGAAAAAAAUCCAAUGUGCAUUUCAGUAUAUGGCAAGAUAUUUUUAGAACAUAUGGAGAUUUAACUUUUCACUAAUAACAGUUCUUUAAAAUGUUAUUUUCAAAGGUUUUGCCAGCGUCUGCCACAGUAUGUUUUCCCAUUGGAAUUUACACUUUGUAUAAUUGUUUUUGUCUGGUGAGAAAAAUACUCAUGUCUUUAAAUGAGUGACAGAUAACUUGAGAGCAAAUUGGGGGAAAAAAAUUAAGAGAGUGCUUUCUAAAUAUAUGUGUAUAUUGUGUAUAUAGUUUUUUCUUUAAUUUAACCAAAUUGGUCUUUUUUAUAUUGCCUGUGGCAAGCAAUGUUGUACAUGCCAAUAGAAAACAUAUGCUACCACCGCAUUUAGACUGCCCACAUAUCAUCUCUAGGGAUUUAGAGUGCUGUUUUAAAUACUCCUUUAAGGAAUGUAAAUUAAAGUGUUUUAUAUAUUGUUUUGUAAUACUUUUUCUACUUGUGAAUAAAAUGUUACAUGAACUGGU